UAUCAGCCAGCAAUUCGUGUGUAUACAAACAUAAUAAAAUUAAAGGUAGUUUGUAGGCGAGUGUGCACUCCAAAGUGUGUGCUGCUUUGAUUAUAAACUAUAAAAAUAUGCAAAAAGAAAAAUCUUCAAUGUGUACUGAGUUCCAAAAAUUGCUUGACGAAAAAUACUGUCCAUCGAUUUUGUUAGUUACAGCCAAUGUUGGUAGCAUUUUUGAAGAUUCGCCUAGAUUACUACAUCUUUGGUUAGAUGAAUUUCUGCAAAAAAUAGAAGAGUUACAACCGAAAUUUCUUGCACUACAUCUUCAAGAAGUUGGUGGAAAAACAUAUGAAAAAUCUUCUAAUCAUGUGAAGGAAUUCAUUGAUUAUUUAUGUGGAGCAAAAGUAAUGACUGAAUUCAUUUAUAUGCGAAUUUAUAUGGAUGAAAACUAUAACUCUGUGGAAAAUUUUACUGCUUUAGGUAAUUUAUACUUUGUCCACAAAAAUUUAGAAAAUAUUAAAAUUUGGAAUUUCUCAAACAAUAAUUGGGAAUAUGGAAGAGAAAAAUAUAUUUAUACAGGAAAUAUAGAGACAGUUUCCACAAAAGAAAAAUCUAAGUUUCCGCAACAUUUUUUUCCAGAGUGUAAAUGGUCAAGGAAGGGGUUUAUGCGUACUCGAUGGGAAAUCGAGGGAACAGUUAUCGAUUUUGUAAACAUACAUUUGUUUCACGAUGCAUCAAAUUUAGCCGCCUGUGAACAAUUUCCUUCGGUGUACUGCAGUUCGCGAAGACGAGCUUUAAUAUAUACAUUAAAGAGAUUUCAUUUGGAUGACAAAAACUUACUUGCACCAUAUUUUGUUUUUGGUGAUUUCAAUUUUCGAUGCGACACGCAGGGAGUUAUUAAAGAGUUAGCCAACAACUUAACAGUUCAUCGAAUUCAAAAUAAUAAAAAGGAAAAUUCUAAAAUUGUUUACCGAAAUUCUGAAGGAGAUAAUGUACUUACUAUUGGCAAAAAGGAAUUCAAUUAUUUGCAACAUCAAGUGAUAUUUAAAGAGUCAUGGAUGAAAAAAUAUGAUAGGGAGUUGGAAACAUUAAAAGAUAUAUUAAUAGAGUUUCCGAUAAAAUUUCCGCCAUCAUAUCCAUAUGAAGAAGACCCAGAUAAACCCUCGAAUUAUAUGUCAACUCGUUGUCCUGCUUGGUGCGAUCGUAUUUUAAUGAGUCCAGAAGCUAAACAUUUAAUUAUGGAAGAUCUUAAUAGUUCGUAUUUAUAUGACAUCGUUGGCAGAAAUGUGUGUAUGGGAGAUCAUAAGCCUAUUUACUUAAAGAUUCGAUUGAAGACAAACCAAGGAUUAUCUUCUCGAUUAACAGAUGUAACAAAGAAAUUGAAAGAAAUUGAUUGCGAUGAAACGCGAAGUUCAAUUAGUAGGGGAAACCUAUAUCAAGACGAUGAACACACUAUGGUUGUUCCAAGUCGUUAUGUGCAAAUAACAAAACUUUCUAAGAAAGUUUCAAAUGAUUGCUCUAAGAGUAAGGAAGAAGGCUUACUGGUUAGUGAGAAUCGAAAUAUUGCAGAACAUAAUUUCAUAUUUAAAGAAACUACAGUAUAAACCUAUUUUAAAUAAUAUCUGUAUAACAUUAAAUUUUGAAUAA